CCGCCUGGGCCCCGGGCCCGGCCCCUCCCGCGCCGCCCGGGCGAUGAGAAGCUGCUUCUGCGUGAGACGGAGCCGGGACCCGCCGCCGCCGCAGCCGCCGCCGCCGCCGCCCCAACGGGGAACAGACCAAUCCACCAUGCCUGAAGUCAAAGACCUUUCGGAAGCCUUGCCAGAGACGUCCAUGGACCCCAUCACGGGAGUCGGGGUGGUGGCUUCCCGGAACCGAGCCCCAGCAGGCUAUGAUGUAGUGGCACAGACGGCAGAUGGUGUGGACGCUGACCUCUGGAAAGACGGCUUGUUCAAGUCCAAGGUUACCAGAUACCUGUGUUUCACAAGAUCGUUUUCCAAAGAAAAUAGUCAUUUGGGGAACGUGUUAGUGGACAUGAAGCUCAUUGACAUCAAGGACACGCUGCCCGUGGGCUUCAUCCCGAUGCAGGAGACGGUGGACACACAGGAGGUGGCUUUUAGAAAGAAGAGGCUGUGCAUCAAAUUCAUCCCCCGGGAUUCCACUGAAGCUGCCAUCUGUGACAUUCGGAUCAUGGGCCGGACCAAGCAGGCCCCUCCUCAGUACACGUUUAUUGGGGAACUGAACAGCAUGGGGAUCUGGUAUCGAAUGGGCAGAGUGCCUAGAAAUCACGACUCAUCUCAACCCACAACACCCUCGCAGUCCUCGGCCGCCUCCACCCCAGCCCCCAACCUCCCCAGGCACAUCUCUCUAACGCUCCCCGCCACCUUCCGAGGCAGGAACAGCAGCCGGACGGACUAUGAGUACCAGCACUCCAACUUGUAUGCCAUAUCAGCAAUGGAUGGUGUGCCUUUCAUGAUUUCAGAGAAGUUCUCCUGUGUUCCAGAAAGUAUGCAGCCCUUUGAUCUCUUGGGAAUCACCAUCAAAUCUCUAGCAGAAAUUGAGAAAGAGCUUGUGAAGCAGCCACGUGGUGCAGCCAGCUCUCCUCGGAGAGGAACAUUUGUCUCAAAGAUGGAAAUGUACGAGUACAGCUUCCGCACGGAGCAGAGCGCCGCGGCCAGACUCCCGCCCAGCCCCACCCGGUGUCAGCAGACCCCCCAGUCCUGAGGAGCGGGGCCUCUGCGGGGAGAAGACGCCUCGCCCAGUGCCCAGACUACUGACGGGGCAGCGGGGGCCGCUCCCCGCCCUGCCCGCCCUGCCCCCAGCCCUGCCUCCACCUCCCACCCCACAAGCACCCAAGACCCUGGGCAGCUGAGUGGUGACCUCCGGUCAUUGGCUCGCCUGACGAGACCCCAGCCUCCAGGGGACAUUGUUCACAACUGCGACUAAUCUGUGUGUGCUGUAGUGACCAGCCAUUCCUAGCUGUCCAUGUGAUGACCAGUCAUGCUGCCAAACACCUCCCCCAGCUGGAGUCGUCCCCGAGGGCCCAGCAGUCCCUCCGGCCGCCCAGUGACGCACACUGGCUCCUUUUCUCCCGUCACCCACCAUAGGAAUCCCACAAGCCAUCGUUCCCCCCCGGAAGGCCACAGGGCUGGCCACUUCACAUAGGACCCUCCGGGCUCACUGCCACCUGAGAUGCAGAGCUGGGGGGAGCACGUCCCUCCCACCUACAGGCUCAGGUACACCAAGCGCUUCACAGCAGCCCUGAGAAACCGCGGAUGGGGAGGCCAGAGGGCCCCUUCCACUGUGGACAGCUGUGGACUCUUCGCCCAGUGCAUGACUGGACACCAGAGGCCCUGCCACUGGCACAGAGGGGGACUCACUUUCCCGGGAGAGGACAGUGACCAGGCACCUGCCUGCGAGCUCGGCUUGCCCUACCCCCCCAGAGGGCUUGACUGUGGGGCACUCCAGCCAGUGACAGCGCCACCUGCCUCGGCCAGUGCCCUGACCCAGUGACUACAGGACGUGCCCCACGAGGCCGCCACAGGCAGUGACAUGAGAGGUGCCCAGCACUGGAGGACACGGCCACGCUGCCAUCAGGCUGCUCUCAGCCCGGCUGUGUCUCCUUGGCAUCUGCGGACAGAGACAGGUCAUCGUGAAAGCCCCUGACCCAGACCUGGGUUGAGCCAGGGCCAGCGUCCCCCGUCCCUGCCCGGCACUGGAGGUGCCAAGCUCAGCCCCACACGUCCACCCCGAGAACAGUCGCCAGCACCCUCCCUGGGGCCCAGGACUUCAGCCCAGGGGCCUGCUUUGCCCCAGGCCCACAGACGCGGGGUCUGACUGCUUUGGGUCCCCAGAGGGGGCUCUGGACGUGAGGGCUUGCUGCGCUUCGGAGGCGCCAUGGAGGGGGCUGUGGACAGCAGCCCUGGGUCAGUACAGGCCCCGCCAGCUGAAGUUCCAGGGACGGUCCACAGGCCAAAGGAACCAGAGAGUCAACAGGCUGGCCAGGAGCUGGGGGGGCCCCAAAUACCUCACCACCUGCGUCGCCCCUCGGCCCCCAGAGCCUCAGCCGCCCGCGGCGGGCCAGCCUCCUCCUCGGCAGCUCCUCCUCUUGGCCCCUCUUCGUUUCUGUGUGUCAGCAAGUGGCUGCCUGGCCCCUUCCCAAGAUCUAAGGGCACCUGUGAGGUGACCCUCCCACACCUCUGGGCAGCACAAGGCAGGGAAAGGCCCUUGGCCCCCCGCGGGCCGGUGCUUCACAGGAGGGCUGGCGGGUGGAGCCAGCACCCACAGAACAAGCCAGCUGUGCUCCAGGGCCUGGGCACCCCACAACCUGCCUGCUGCUGCUUUUUGAUGGUGGUUUAUCCAGAACCCAGCGGCCAGCACAGCUUGAGGCUGGACAAAGGAGCGAGGCCCCGGGGCCGCAGGAGGGUGGAGGAGGGAACUCUGCACUUCGUUUUGGUUUGUCUACUUUGUUGUUCGACCUCUUUCCACCCCCUGAUUGUGAGACUGUCCCCAGCAGGUAACCGGGGUCCUCGUCCUCCACAGUGGAGAAGGCAGCGUCUCCGCGGCGCUGACAGUCCUGGAAGGCCACAGGGCGACAGCAGGAUCCCUGGUCAGGGAUGGGGAAGGGAGAGGGCAGCCACAGCCCCCACUGCCACCCUCCCUCAGGGCCACCAGGAAGAGGGCACACUGUGGGCUCUGGCCGGUAGGAGAGGUCUCCCCAUGGCAUUAUGGACUCAGUUUAAUAAUGACCUUGACUGUGAAGCUUGUGACAUGAGCUGAUGAGUGGUGAGGUCAAGUUGAGGUUGGUAGACAUUAGGCUGCUCCCCACCCGGGCUCCUGCCCUCUGAGAGGUGGACAAGGAGGGGCAAGCGUGUGGGUCACAGCUUGUGCGUGUGUACGCCCACCCCGAUGGCGUCAUGCAGACCACAGGACUGUGGCAGGGUGAGGAGCUGAGGGGCCUCUCAAGUCUUAGGUGGGGAAUGCUCUGUCCACCAACCCCUGGCCUCUUCUGGAAGCGAGGGACAAGGAUGCCCUUGGCUAUAUGAAGGGCCACGGCCUCUUCCUUGGGUCCCCCCAGCAUGUCCCAUAGCUGCUGCUGUCCCUGCCCAGCACCCUGCCCCCCUGAGAAGACCAACCAGAGCACAGCAUCCCUGAGCCCUGCCCUCCGCCCUGAAAACUCAGUCGUCUUCUGAGACCUAGCAAAUGGCACAAAGUUGACAAGGAGCAGAUGUCUCUUGCUCCAGGUUCACUUGCAAAUUUAUCAUGAGGCCUUUUUUUCUACCCCAAAUCCAAGAACUGAUGCCACCCCGAGUUCAGUGAAGACAUCACAGCCUGCACUGCCCUUCCCCAUGGCCAGAGCCGUGUGGUCUCCAGCGACCAAGCUCAUUUUGUAGGAAAAAACCACGGACACUGGUCGGUGGCCCCCGAGUGCUUCAGAAGGCCAUGGGGGGACGGGGCUGACCUGUUCCGAGCAGCCCUCUGCUGGGCAGUCCAGACGCUUUCUCCCAUAGCCUCCCCCAAAACAAGACCUAGUAGUUCACGUUCUUUGCUGCCUGUUGCCGAUGGGAAACMCGAGAUUGUCCCUGGCACAGGCUGGUAAGUGGCAGAGACAGGCUCUGGCCCCAAGGUGCACUGGGCCAAUGUCCUUUCAAAAGCACAUGCCUUGGGCUGACCCUGUUUGCAUUCCUGUGACUUCCUGGCUGUCACUGGGCCCUGCUGGUCACACACUGAGCACGGGCCACCCCUAUGCAGGGGCUCCCCAGGCUGCCGUUGCAGUGCUCCAUCCCUUGCCAUGUCGGGGGCUCCCAGCCUGCAGCUUCUGAGACCCAGGCAGGCAGGGCCCCGCCGAGCGAGCCCCGUGCCUCCAAGCCACGUGGAGCUGAGCCCGUCGAGUUCCGUUCAGUCUGCCUGACCCCGGAGCCUGCAGGAGGGGCAGGCCACUUGCUCUUGCCCCUGCACAAGGCCCCCUCUCCAGCAGCCUGGAACCUCAGGUCAGCCCAGCUUCCUCCACCUGCUCUGGGUGCAGACCCCUGGGACAGCGGCAGCCCUCAUCCAGGAGCCUGGGCUUUGUCCCCGCGAUGGAGGGUGCGUGGCUGCUGUGUGACCACUGGCCUCAGACAAGGACCUGAGGAAGGCCCCUCUUCCUGCAUAUUUAUUCAAGGCAACUCUGCACUUGGCCAGGGAAGUUUCACUGUGUGGUUGUCUGUGUUCUUAAUAUAAUUUGUUA